UGCAUACCAGAUGUGGUGUUAUAUGGUAUUAUUGGUUCAUUUGGGAGGUACGUGCAUGAGUGUGGCAGAUUUCCACAGAAGGCGGGAGGGGCCGAGGAAAGAGGUGUGGUAUAAUCACUCAACAAACUUUGACAGGCGUGUUUGUGUGUUCAUAUGCACGGGAGAGAUUGAGAGAGCGUUUGGGAACACAAAUGAGGAGAGCGGGAUGAGACGUGUGAGAUUCUUCUCUCUAGUGGAGGAUAUGAAGACGGCGAGGGAGGAAGAGGAGAGCAGGCGGAGGGACGAGAGGAAGGGUGGAAAACAGGGAUUUGGAGGAGAGAGGCUUGUCAGCAUCUCGCUGAAUGAGAUGGAGAGCUACUACAGAUACGCCCUGUGCUGUCAGCAGCUAUACAAUGACAUCAUGCAUAGGGAAGAUGGUCCUCUGUGUGCUGCAGAAAUCGGAUCUGAACUCCAGAAACAGUUUGCCAUCCUGCCAGGGGGCCGCGGAUUAAACGGACGCCCUAUCAUGGUCUUCCCAGAGUUCCCCGAGUUCAGCGAGCUGGAGGAGGAUGAGCUCCAAAGCGUCCUCGGCUACCUCAGCAGCGUCCCCAGCGGUGCCGCAUCGGGAGUGGGUUUCAUCCUGGUCAUCGACAGACGACUGGACCGAUGGGCCGCCGUCAGGGCUACCCUGCUCCGCAUCGCUGGCUCAUUUCCAGGGAACUUGCACUUGGUUCUGGUUUUGCGUCCCACUACUUUGUUGCAGCGGACUCUGUCAGACUUCCUGUUCAAGUUCAGCAGGGAAGAGUUCAAAAUGAAGGUGGUGAUGCUGAGUUCGGUGACUGAGCUCCAUGCUUAUAUCGACCCAGGACAACUCACCACAGAGCUGGGAGGCACACAGGAGUACCACCACGAGAGCUGGAUAUCUCACCGCACUGCAAUCGAGGCGUUCGCCCUCAUGGUGAAGACCACGGCUCAGACUCUGCAGGCGUUCGGCACUGAGCUUGCGGAGACAGAAUUACCAAACGACGCAGAGGCCACCACCAACCUGCUGCACACACACGCACUGAAGAAGGACACAAUGAAGGAGGACCUGCAGGUGGCGCUGUCUCAAGGUGGACGCCUGUUGGACUGUAUCAAUGAGCCUCUACAGACAGACCCCGAAUACAGCAUGACCCAUGAUGAGCUGGAGAAUUUGGAGACUGUGCAGAGACUCCUGGGUCAGCUGGACGAGACCGAGACGGCGUUCGAUGAUUUCUGGGAGCAUCACCGCACGAAGCUGGAACAGUGUUUGCAGCUGCGCCAUUUUGAACAGCACUUCCGUGAAGUGCGUGCUCAGCUUGAUGUGACCUCAGAAAGGCUUUCAGGUUUUUCCGAAGUCAGCGUCAGCCCCGCCCACGGCGAGCAUGUCCUCCGAGAGCUCGCCGGGCACGAGGAAAAGGCCUGUGACGUCCUGGACCGUGCUGUGUCCCUGGCCUGCGAAGGUGACAGGCUGAUAGAGAACUCGCACUACGCCGAGGACUCCAUCAGGCCGAAGUGCAGCGAGCUAAGGGGGGUGUGCGACGAGAUCAGCGCCACCCUGAGGUGCAAGAAGAACCUGCUGCUCAGGGCGAUGGAGAUGCACCACUCUUUGGAGAAGGCGUCACAGUGGUGUGAGGAGGGCAUCUUCCUAUUGGCCAACCAGCCCGUUGACCGCUGCCAGUCUCAGGACGGCGCUGAAGCGGCUCUGCAAGAACUGGAGCGGUACCUUGAAACGUUGCCGCUGCACACCCUCUCCGACCGCAGCGCCCUCUGCUGCCAGUAUGAAUCGGUGCUCACCACUCAGCUUAGGGACCAGGUAGAGAGAGUUUUCCAGAAGCAGGGCUCUGUGCAGGAGAUGUUCGAGAAGAGACGCAUCAGCUUGAAGAAACUCGCCGCCAAGCAGACCCGACCAGUCCAGCCAGUGGCACCGAGACCCGAAGUCAAGUCGCCGCACUCCUCGCCCAAUCAACAGAGAAAAGAGAGGAGAUACUCUGCAGAUAAUGCCCUCUGCAAAAAGGUGGAGUCUCCUCUACUUAAUGGCACCAGACACGCUUCUCUCUCAGAGGAAGAAGAAAACCUGGCAGUGCUUCGGCGUCACGUGAUGAACGAGCUGCUGGAGACGGAGAGAGCGUAUGUGGAGGAGCUGCUCUGCGUCCUGGAGGGCUACGCAGCAGAGAUGGACAACCCCGCCAUGGCUCCCCUCAUCCCCAGCACGCUGCUCAGCAAGAAGGACGUCCUGUUUGGGAACAUGUCUGAAAUCUACCAGUUUCACAAGAGGACGUUUCUAAAAGAACUGGAAGCGUACACUGACUUUCCAGAGCUGGUGGGCCGCUGCUUUUUAGAACGGAUGAAGGAUCUGCAGAUCUACGAGGCCUACUGCCAGAACAAGCCUCGCUCCGAGAGCUUGUGGAGGCAGUGCUCCGACUGUGCCUUCUUCCAGGUCAGCCCCCCCCCGCCGCCUCUCAUCUUUGCUGCGGCUCCACAACAACAAUUAACUCUUCUACAUCUUAAUCGUUUUGUGCUUUUUGUGAAUCAGGAGUGCCAGAAGAAGCUGGAACAUAAACUUGGUUUGGACUCCUACCUCCUUAAACCUGUCCAGAGAAUCACCAAGUACCAGCUUCUACUUAAGGAGUUGUUGAAGUACAGUAAAGGCUGUGAUGGCUGUGAUGACCUACAGGAGGCGCUCUCCUCUAUUCUUGGGAUCCUGAAAGCUGUGAAUGAUUCCAUGCACCUCAUCGCCAUCACAGGAUACGAGGGUAACCUCUCGGAGCUGGGCCGCCUGCUCAUGCAAGGUUCCUUCAGCGUGUGGACGGAACACAAGAAAGGCCACGCCAAGGUCAAGGACCUGGCCCGCUUCAAGCCCAUGCAGCGGCACCUGUUCCUGCACGAGAAGGCCCUGCUCUUCUGCAAGCGGAGGGAGGAGAACGGCGAGGGCUAUGAGAAAGCGCCGUCCUACAGCUUCAAACACUCGCUCAGCAUGAGUGCCGUGGGAAUAACGGAGAGCGCUAAAGGAGAUAACAAGAAGUUUGAAGUUUGGUGCAACUCCAGAGACGAGGUUUUUAUUGUGCAGGCUGCAACGCCAGAGAUUAAAACUUCGUGGGUGAACGAGAUCCGCAAAGUUCUGACCCAGCAACUCAAAGCGUGCAGAGAUGCCAGACAACCGAAGAUCUUAGACCCUGUUUCUAUGAGUCCCACCAGCAGCAGCAGCUCCAUCUCACUCAGCCCGUUCCGUAGCAGUGGUCAGAAGAACCAGAAGAAACAGGAUGAGAAGAAAGCCGAGCCGAGCCCGACCUCCGAUGCAAACUUCUCUUCCUCACCCAAACACAAAGAUGAACCGGUGACCAGUCCGACCACUGACAGGUCCUCUACGGCUAAAAAGCGUUUUACUUUACAGGGCUUCAGCAAUCUCAAGAGUCCAAAAGGCUCGCCCCUGAGCCCCGAACACGGCACCAAACGCCACCUGGUCAAGAGCGACCCCACGCCGUUUGGGUUCAAAGGCUGGAGCAAGACGUCUCUCUCGGUGGACGCAUCAGAAGAGAACGACGGCUACUCCAGCGGCGAGGACCCCAUUAACUCGGACCCCGAGGAUGACGGAGGAAAGAAGCUGGCCCCAGGAAAGUACACGGUGGUAGCAGACUGCGAGAAGGCGGGACCUCAGGAGCUGUCUGUCAAGAGUGGAGACGUGGUGCAGCUAAUCAGAGAGGGAGAGGACGGACAGUGGUUUGUGAGGAACCUUCGCAGCAGCAAGGAGGGCUGGGUGGCGGCGGCAAACCUCCUCAGCCUCAUCUCGGAGUCCAAGUCGUCGCAGUCGCUCAGCAGCUCAGACGGCAGCGUCUCCGGGAACAUCAGCACGUCUUCCAGCUGCAGCGAGACCUACACCAGCUUCUCCGACAUCAAACCCUGAACCGACUGCACUUUUCCCCCCGAACUCCACCUGAAAUCAUCGCCGGGUGGAAUUUCAAGAAACCUGAAACUGCCUCUGACAGAAUCUCAAUGCUCAAACACACCUUGCAGUUUGUCGGAUCCUAGCAACAUCUCCAAAGCAAUCAUCGUAUCUGUGGAUGUUAGCAGUGUUUUCAGCUGAACGUUGACUACACCCAGUUUUUCUGAGGACUCAUAGCCACCUUUCUCUAAAAUAGCUCAUUUCCACUCUGCAGUAUUACUCAUCUUAUUUCUUUGACAUUUAAAAAUAUUCCCGUAAAAAAGAUACAAGAGCUCAAUCCCCUUCUGUCUGGCCUUUUUUUAAUUUAUUUACAAUAAGAUAAUGUAGCAUUAAAGACAAAUUCAAAUACCUGCACUAAACAUGAGGCGUCAGCAGCUUACGAACCUGUGCAUCACCGCCAACAGGUAGUUUCUGAGCCGAAUGUCACACGGUACGACGGCUUGAGUGUCAGACACUGUGAAAAUGGCAGCUGGCUGCAACAUGAAGGAGAGAAAAGUGCUUUCUGUGCAUCUCUGAGCGUCACUGAGCAGGUGCAACGUUGUGGACAUGUAGCUGUAAGUCUUUUUAUGUGUAUGUGGGCGGAACACGGGCUGUUACAUCCCUAUGGUGUCUGGUGUAGAAGCAGUUUUUGCAGAAAGCUGCAUUCAACCAACGUUAACAAGAGCUUCCCUCAGCCCUUGUUUUGACUGCGAUGCAACUCAAUCUGAUGCCUCGCCAUGUUAAUGUCAACAACAGCGCCACCUGGUGGUCAAAUGUCCUUCCCUUCCAUCUUUGUUUUUGUGUGAAUGAAGGAUUAUCUAACCCAGCUCUGAACUACUUUGGAUUUACCUCUCAGGAAGACGUCAUGUGGGCAAGCAGGUGUGACUGCAUACCUGCGUGUGUCAACUACAUGUCUUUGUAUGUGUGCAUUCUUGCAUGUGUGUGUGUUGUGUGAUGCAAAUCCAGCAAGUGUCACAACCCCACCGAGAAAGGCUGUAAAACCUGUUCAGGAGGAAGGUGUUUCAGAUUUUCAGUGAUAUCUGUCAUGCUGGGUCUAUAUUUAGUUUGCAAAACUUUAUUGAGACCUUUAAUCUGGCCACUAGCGGAUCAGUGGAGUUAAGGCCGCUAAAGAAAACCCAGUAAACAUGCACGUGAUAUCUGCUGCACAGAUCCAGUUCUUUAUGUGUCAUGGCCGCCCCGCUCACCUAUCCUCUCGCUGCGAUGCAGCAGCAACAAAAGCCGGCUUUGUCCUCGUUCUCUGCUCCCGGCCCCGCCGAGGCAUGUGACAGCCGGCACUGCUCCGCAAGCGAGCGAGCAGGGCCGACCGGGGCCCAGACCUGCUCGACACGUUUGCGCCACCAACCCCCCGAGAGCAAUAAGCAUUUACUCGACACCACAAUGUAGCUUAGUCACUAUCUUGGUGGAGUUAAAAAACACAAAAACAAAUACUGAUUGUGAGUUAUAUAGCAGGGAAGGGGUGAGAAGGUCAAGGCCUGCAUGGUUAGUUGGGCCUGGUAGUGUAGAUGAUAACAGGUUGAUGGCACACCUCUGCCAAACAGCUGCUGUGACACACCCGUCAACACACAAACAUGUUUUAUACUCUCGGAUUUCUACUGUAUCCACAAGGUGCACUGUAAAACAAUCACAUCCUUCUCUCCACACUCGCUGUUGAACGUCUGACAAAUACACACCAAGAUGUCGCACUAAAACCAGCCGCACCCAGAACUCAGCUGCUGUGCUCAACAAAGCCAAGUUCAACACCACUGUGGUUUUGUUGGCCAUGAUUAGAGCUCUUGAUAUUGUUUCUUUUGUUUGAGAAAAUGCAUGUCGUCCUCUUGUGAAAGGAUAAGAGAUCCUCUCCAGAAAAGCUCUCGGACCUUGAACCAUGUGCUGCAAACCUGCAAGCUAACCUGUGGCGUUAUGUGUCGGUUCCGUGUUACACUUGUACAGUAGUUGUCCUCUCUAUACCUCACGUCCUUUUUCUCUCCAGAGCAUGCAUAUCUUGAAGAGGGUCAUGUUUCUUCUCGUGCGUCUCUCUCCGUGUCAUAGUCGACUCUUUUUGUGGCAUGCUCCUCAUCCGCCUCAAUUCCAAACCUCUCACAUCAGAGUAUUUUUUACCAGGCCCUGUUGUACAUGAUGAGAGUUUAUUUUCUGCCCUCUCGUUGAAGCUGACACCGGGCACUAAACUUGUCAGUGUUUGAUCGUGAUCACGCAGUAGAUCUUAUUGAAUUAUUCCCACUUCGCGCACAGAGUGAGGCGGGGAGAUCCGAAGGGUUAUUCUAUUUUUUUGUUUGUUUUUAUGCAGCACAUUGCAGCGACCACUGUCCUUAUUUCCUAUUGUAUAUCUACUGAGUAUGGUGUCGAUAUAAAGAUAUUAUAAUGAGACAUAUCUGUGUAUAUUUUGUAAAUAUGUAAGUCUGAAUUGUAUGUAAAAUGAAAAGCAGCUUUAAUAAAGUCUGACAUGGUUUCCUCUAUAA